AUGAAUCAACCAUCGCGACAAAGCUAUGGAAAAUAUAGUACCAAAGUAAACUUUUCAUAUCCUAAGGACCAAUCUUCAUUUCAAAUUGGACGUUUAGGAAUAGAAGAUUCUUACUUGAUUGGUACACUCCAUCUUCACUUUAAUCAAUUGCUCGCCAAUCAAAUUAUUUUAAAAUUUACUGGUACCGAGCAUGUAUAUUGGACUGAGUCAAGGACAAGAAGUAUUGGUGAUGGGCUUCACACUGAAACAUAUUCAGCUACCAAUAUUUUAUGUUGUAUAUCUGCGUGUUUAUUGGAAAAAUCGGGUAAUUCUUAUCAAAAAAUAUCAAACAUGGAUUUACCAUUCAAAAUUAAAUUACCAGAAAAUCUUGCUUCAACUUUAAGGUCAGAAAUUGGUAAUAUUGAUUAUAAACUUACUGCAGAAAUAUCUCGAAAAAGGAAUUUUUGGAAGUUUCAAGGACCAAGGAAAAAUAUCGAAUGUAAUUGUAACAUCUUAAAAUAUUGUUUACUCCCACCACCAGUUCCUGUACAUUGGGUAGAAUAUGAUACUGAAAAGGCCACCAUAUCAAAUGGUAUAGGUUAUAACGUUCGUAUGGAUGAUAUAAAUUUUGGACCUAGUAACCCAAUAAUUGUUUAUGUGAAAUUGAAAUCAUAUAAUCCUAAAUUAAAGAUUAAAGAAAUAUUUGUUGGGUUAAAAAAAUAUUGUAGCUUUAAUGCCCAAGGUGGCUCAAAACAUGAAGAGAAAUAUGUAUUAAAAAAACAAGUUAUUGGAGACAAAAUUAUGUGGGAUAAUUAUAAUGAAUGUUAUUAUACUUUUGUAUUGGAUAUUCCUGAAGAUAUGACAAAAUUUGGACGGACGAUCAAACUUGAACAUAUUCUUGUAGCCUUUAAAAUUAAAAUAAAGAUUAAAAAAGAAGGAACGGAUAUUAAUUUAGAACAUGAUGUUAGGAUUGAUAAUUUUUUGCCUGUAAAUUUAUAA